AUGGCGCCGGCGCCGGCAGCGGACGAUGCGACCGCACGUUUCCUCGAACAGCUUACAGCGAUGAGAACGGCGAUCGCAGAGUUAAAGCUUCCGCAGACAAACGGAGACGUCGCUGGUUUCGGUACUGAAAGCGAUCUUGAUGUUGACGAGGAAGACUUGACUCCAUCAUCCGGCUCAGAUGAUAUUUGGGACCUCAUAUCCGACGAUGAAGAAGACGACUUCAGUGAAGAGAGCUUCGAGCUACCGGGGAAAGAUACGUCGGUUGACGGAGCUGCUACUGGAACAAGAGGGUGGUUGCAACAACGAUGCUUAGAGAUCGCAAGCAGAGGAAGCGGUCUGGAGGCAGAGACGCUACAAGAACAGAUCACCGCAGUACUCGCCUCGGACAGCAGCGAUGACGAGCUUCAGAUGACGUUGGCGGACAUCGUUGGGUUCGAAGAGUUGGACUUCGUCUCCGAUGUCAUCAAAUUCAGAGGACAAAUACUCUCUGAGCCAGCAAAGGGUCCGCCAGGUCUGCUAUCGAAAGCAGAGCGUGAUGCACGGCUUCGCCAGCAGGACAUCGAACACAAGACGGCCACUGUAGCCGCAGCUCAGAACCGAUCUACGGAGGAGUAUCCGCACAUCUACAGGACGCACAACGCUGGCAACACUCUCUCCGCACACGGCAGGAAGUAUGCGUUGCCCAUUGGGAGCGAACGCUUCGACCGCGAGAAAUAUGAAGAAUACAGCAUACCUGCAGCGAAGGUUGGUGUCUUGGGGACGGGCCAGAAGCUCGUGCAGAUCAAGGAAAUGGAUGGCUUGUGUCGUCGAACCUUCAAGGGGUACAAGACUUUGAACCGAAUGCAGAGUUUGGUUUACAAUGUCGCAUACGAGACAAGCGAGAAUAUGCUCAUCUGUGCUCCUACUGGUGCUGGUAAAACGGACGCUGCUAUGCUUACAAUUAUGAACACGGUUGCGAAGAACAUCCACCCCAGUCCAAUCGACGAGCCGGACGCCACAGAGUUUGCCGUGCAUACCAACGACUUCAAGAUCGUCUAUGUGGCACCGAUGAAAGCACUCGCAGCCGAGAUUACGGACAAGCUGGGCAGAAGGCUCGCCUGGCUCGGUAUCCAGGUUCGCGAAUUGACAGGCGAUAUGCAUCUUACCAAGAAGGAAAUCACGCAGACCCAGAUUAUCGUGACCACGCCUGAGAAGUGGGAUGUGGUUACCAGGAAGUCUACCGGCGAUACCGAGCUUGUGCAAAAAGUGCGGCUUCUGAUCAUCGACGAAGUGCAUAUGCUGCAUGACGAGCGAGGAGCUGUGCUUGAGUCGCUGGUCGCCAGAACAGAGCGACAGGUGGAGAGCACCCAAUCGCUGAUCCGCAUUGUUGGCUUGUCAGCAACUCUCCCUAACUACGUUGAUGUCUCAGACUUCUUGAAGGUGAACCGGAUGGCUGGACUGUUCUACUUCGACCAAUCUUUCCGCCCAGUCCCACUGGAGCAGCACUUCCUUGGUGUGAGGGGGAAGGCCGGGUCGAAAGCAAAUAGGGACAACAUCGACCAGACCGCUUUCGAGAAAGUCAAGGACAUGCUAGAGCUUGGGCACCAGGUCAUGGUGUUCGUCCACAGCCGCAAGGACACGGUCAAGACAGCAAGGAUGCUGUACGACAUGGCCGCAGACCAAGGUCUGACAGAUCUCUUCGACCCGAGCCAACACGAAGGCUACACAAACGCAUUGCGAGAGGUGAAGACCUCCAAAGGCCGCGAGAUUAGAGAGCUCGUGACCAAAGGAACGGGGACACAUCACGCUGGCAUGCCGCGGUCUGACCGCAACAUGAUUGAGCGACUGUUCGCGGACGGUGUGCUGAAAGUGCUCUGCUGUACGGCUACGUUAGCUUGGGGUGUCAACUUGCCGGCUGCAGCUGUCAUCAUCAAGGGCACGCAGUUGUACAGCGCAGAAGCUGGCAAGUUCGUGGACCUUGGAAUUCUUGACGUUCUGCAGAUCUUCGGUCGAGCUGGUCGACCUCAGUUCCAAGAUACUGGGAUUGGUAUGAUCUUGACCAGCCAGGACAAGCUGCAGCAUUACUUGACCGCGGUCACACAGCAGCAGCCGAUCGAGUCGCAGUUCAGCAGGAAGCUGGUCGACAACUUGAAUGCUGAGAUUUCGCUCGGUACAGUGACCAGCGUUCCAGAGGCUAUCACAUGGCUUGGUUACUCCUACCUCUACGUCCGCAUGCGCCGCAACCCUAUCGCGUACGGCAUUGAAUGGUCGGAGAUUCGCGAUGAUCCAAAUCUGGUGCAGCGCAGGCGAGAGCUCAUCCUCAAAGCAGCGAGAGUCCUGCAGCAGAGCCAAAUGAUCAUCUUCAACGAGGUUACAGAAGAGCUGAGAGCGAAGGAUGUGGGCCGUAUUGCGAGCCAGUUCUAUGUCCUCCAGACUUCGAUCGAGAUCUUCAACACGAUGAUGCGCCCGCAGGCGACCGAAGCAGAUGUGCUGAAGAUGAUCAGUAUGUCUGGAGAGUUCGAUAACAUCCAGUCGAGAGAUACGGAGGAGAAGGAACUUAUGCGGCUAAAGGAAGAGUCAGCACCGUGCGAUAUCGAAGGCGGCAUCGGCACGCAGCAAGGCAAGACAAACGUUCUGCUGCAGUCUUAUAUCAGCAAGGCCAACCUCGAAGACUUCACGUUGGUCAGUGAUACCGCAUACGUUGCACAGAAUGCUGCGAGAAUUUGCAGGGCACUGUUUAUGAUAGCGCUUAACAGGCGCUGGGGAUAUCAGUGCCUGGUUCUGCUCAGCAUGUGCAAAAGCAUCGAGAAGCGUGUCUGGCCCUACGAGCAUCCGUUCCGCCAAUUUGAUCUACCGCAAGCCGUGCUGCGCAACCUCGACGAUAAGGGCUCCACGACAUCUGUCGAAUCCCUUCGGGACAUGGACUCAGCCGAGAUCGGGAGCCUUGUCCACAAUCAGAGGGCCGGCAGCACCAUUUCCAAGCUGCUUGACAACUUCCCCACCCUCUCAGUCGACGCAGAGAUUGCGCCUCUCAACAGAGACGUCCUUCGCAUCAAGCUGUACCUCACACCCGACUUCAAGUGGAACGACCGCCACCACGGGACGAGCGAGAGCUACUGGAUCUGGGUCGAGAACUCAGAGACCAGCGAAAUCUACCACCACGAAUUCUCCAUCCUCAGCAGGAAGAAGAUGUACGAUGACCACGAGCUCAAUUUCACAAUACCGCUGUCCGAUCCUUUGCCCAGCCAGAUCUACGUACGAGCCGUGUCUGAUCGCUGGCUUGGGGCAGAGACCGUCCAGCCCGUGUCAUUCCAGCAUCUCAUCCGACCGGACACAGAAAGCGUCUACACAGACCUUCUUAACUUGCAGCCACUGCCGGUCAAGGCUCUAAAGAACCCGCUACUUGAAGAGAUCUACGGGCAGCGCUUCCAGUUCUUCAAUCCCAUGCAGACGCAGCUUUUCCACUGCAUGUAUCACACUCCUGCCAAUGUUCUACUUGGGUCGCCGACGGGAUCCGGCAAGACGAUUGCAGCGGAGUUGGCUAUGUGGUGGGCCUUCCGUGAGCGGCCUGGCAGCAAAGUCGUCUACAUUGCACCUAUGAAGGCACUCGUCCGUGAGCGUGUACAAGACUGGGGCAAGCGUCUGACAAGACAAAUGGGGCUGAAGCUGGUGGAGUUGACUGGUGACAAUACACCAGACACUCGCACUAUCCGCGAUGCAGAUAUCAUCGUAACUACUCCCGAGAAGUGGGAUGGUAUCAGUCGUAGCUGGCAGACCAGAAGUUACGUCCAGCAAGUCAGCCUUGUCAUCAUCGACGAGAUUCACCUACUGGGCGGCGACCGUGGUCCUAUCCUGGAGAUCAUUGUUAGUCGUAUGAACUACAUCGCUUCACAGAAGAAGGGCUCUGUGCGUAUCGUCGGCAUGUCCACUGCAUGCGCCAACGCCAUGGAUCUUGCCAACUGGCUUGGAGUCAAGGAAGGCUUGUUCAACUUCAGACACUCCGUCCGACCUGUGCCCCUCGAGAUCUUCAUCGACGGCUUUCCAGAACAGCGUGGCUUCUGCCCGCUUAUGCAGAGCAUGAACAGGCCGACGUUCCUGGCAAUCAAGUCCCACUCCCCGGACAAGCCUGUCAUUGUCUUCGUUGCAUCCCGACGGCAGACCAGGUUGACCGCAAAGGACCUGAUCAAUUUCUGCGGCAUGGAAGACAAUCCCAAGCGUUUCGUGAGGAUGUCCGAGGAUGACCUUGGUGUGAACCUCAGUCGCGUCAAAGAUGAAGCACUACGAGAGGCUUUGAGCUUCGGCAUCGGCCUCCAUCAUGCGGGUCUUGUCGAGUCGGACAGACUACUCGCUGAAGAGCUCUUUGCAUACAACAAAAUACAGAUUCUAGUGGCGACAAGCACACUCGCUUGGGGCGUGAACUUGCCAGCUCAUCUUGUCGUGGUAAAGGGCACCCAGUUCUUCGACGCUAAGAUCGAAGGCUACAAGGACAUGGACCUUACCGAUGUCCUGCAAAUGCUGGGGCGAGCUGGGCGGCCACAGUUCGAUACUUCUGGUAUUGCCCGCAUCUUCACCCAAGAUUCGAAGAAGGCUUUCUACAAGCACUUCCUGCAUACUGGCUUCCCGGUGGAGUCGUCGCUGCACAACGUGCUCGACAACCAUUUUGCUGCCGAGGUUUCUGCAGGCACAGUGGCCACGAAGCAGGAUGCUUUGGACUACCUGACCUGGACGUUCUUCUUCCGGCGCUUGCACAAGAACCCGUCCUACUAUGGUCUGGAGAUCACAGCUGAGGAGAACAAUACCAUCGCAGCACAGCAGGCAGCCAACGACUUCAUGAUCGAGAUGGUGGACAAGUCUAUGGCUGAGCUGGCUGAGUCCGGCUGUAUCCAGCUUCACAGCAACGGCGACGUUGACUCAACUGCGAUGGGCAAAAUCAUGAGUUACUACUACUUGUCGCACAAGACCAUCCGCGAGCUCACACAGCACGCCAAACCAGAAGCCACGUUCCAGGAGGUCCUGAUGUGGAUGUGCAGAGCCACUGAGUACGAUGAGCUACCAGUACGACACAACGAGGAUCUCAUCAACGCCGAGCUGUCCGCGAAUCUGCCGUUGACGGCAGAGAGCUUCGGUCUGCCGAUGUGGGAUCCGCAUGUCAAGGCCUUCUUGCUGCUGCAAGCACACUUCUCACGCAUCGACCUACCAAUCAGCGAUUACGUCGGUGAUCAGAACUCGGUACUUGACCAGAGCAUUCGUAUCAUCCAAGCCAGUGUUGAUGUGCUCACCGAGCUUGGCUACCUGCAGAGCUGCAAGAUGAUGAUGACGCUCCUGCAGUGCGUGAAGUCUGCUCGUUGGCCUGAAGACGGUCCGCUUGCGAUACUGCCGAAUGUCGAAGUCGAAGAGGAGAAGAAGAGGCUCGCUAUAGGCAAGAAGCCGCUCAACCUUGUCGAAGCUACGACAGCGCCGCGACCUGACAUGGAGAGCGCUCUCAAGCAGCUGAAUCUUCCCAAUGCGACUCACGACAAGGCUUUCAAGGCUCUAGGCAGACUACCGCAGCUGCGUGUCAAUGUGUCGAACGUCAAUGCGCUUGGUCUGACAAUCAAUCUGGCCCGUGUGAAUCCAGUGCAAGACCGAGACUACCGCAUAUACGCGUCAAGAUACCCCAAGCCGCAGACGGAAGGCUUCUUUGCUCUCGUUUCGGACGCAGGGAAAGGAGAUAUCGUCGCGCUGAAGCGGGUCAACUGGCCUUCACCAGACAAGAACAGAGGCGGCAACGUCAGCAAGCCUUCGACGAGAGCCACGAUCAAGCUUCCGGAUAGCAGUGUGGACAGGAAAGUGACGAUAUCGAUUGUGAGUGAUAGCUACAUAGGCAUGGAGUGGCAGCUCGAGGAUGUAGAAGUACCGGCACCUCCAAAGCCGGUCGACGAUGGUGGCAAGAAGCCUCAGUAG